AUGGAUAGUAUUUGCUUAAAAACAGCGGGGAUUCAUGGGAUAGCUUCAACGAUAUCAACGGUGAGUGGGUCCAAGGGGGAAGCGCGUUCAAUUACGAACGCUUCUCAGGUGAGUGCGGUGGGGCGGGAUAAAUCGACGGCCCCUCAGAAAACGGCGUCGGCCUCGUCUAGGUUCUCUUUUAGUCUUAGACACCCUUUGCAAUCUCUAUGGCCUGGAGGAGGAGGUAAAAGUAAUAGGUACAAUGGGAUGGCUUUAGACGAUGCUGUAUUGGAGGAGAAUGGGGUGGAGGGUGAGAGAGAAACAAUGGUGUCGAGUGAAGGGAAAAACGAGAACUGGGUUUUGAAGAUUUUGCACGUGAAAUCACUCUGGAAAGAUGAGGAAAAAGGGAUCUUUGAUGGUGUUAAUGAAGAGGCAAAGAAAGAAGGUGGUGCUGCUUCGGUGAAUGAUGACGAGGAAGAAGAAGAGUGUGAUGUGUGUAGAGUUGGAGAUGACGAUGAUGAAGAGGAAGAGGAAGAGAUUGAAUUUGAUAGAGAUUCGUUUUCGAGAUUGUUAAGGAGGGCCUCAUUAGCUGAAGCCAAAAUGUAUGAAAAGAUGUCUUAUUUGGGCAGCUUGGCUUAUUGCAUUCCUGAAAUCAAGCCAGAAAGACUCUUGAAACACCGUGGUCUCCGUUUAGUGACUUCAUCAAUAGAGAAAAGGGAAAUGGCCAUGAGAACUGAGAAAAAUCUUGUGCCACCUGAAGAUCAAGAAGCAGAAAAAACGAUUGCAAAGGAUGAGCUGGAAGGCAAUGAACAGAAGAAUACUGGGUAUCGCAUAAGUGCUUCGGCUGCAUAUCAGAUAGCUGCCUCUGCUGCUUCUUAUUUGCACUCGCAUACAAAGAGCAUUCUUCCAUUUAAAUCUGCAAAAGCUGAGACUGGGGAAGAUUCUUAUGAAGGAGGCAGUAAAACCAUUGAUGCCGUUAACAUUAUGAACCCAGAUAUGGCAUCUUUUAUGGCAACCACUGAUUCAGUGACAGCUGUGGUUGCUGCAAAGGAUGAGGUGAAGCAGGCUGUUGCAGAUGAUUUAAGUUCGACACGUUCAUCACCAUGCGAAUGGUUUAUAUGUGAUGAUGAUCAGGGUACAAGAUUCUUGGCAAUCCAGGGAUCCGAGACACUAGCAUCUUGGCAAGCAAAUUUACUGUUUGAGCCAGUCCAAUUCGAGGGAUUGGAUGUUCUUGUGCAUCGAGGUAUAUACGAGGCUGCAAAAGGAAUGUAUGAACAGAUGUUACCUGAAGUCUGUGCACAUUUAAAAUCUUAUGGCAGGCGUGCUACCUUUCGUUUCACAGGGCAUUCUCUUGGAGGAAGCUUGUCACUACUCCUAAAUCUCAUGCUGUUGAUAAGAGGCGAAGUGCCAGCCUCAUCCUUACUUCCUGUUAUAACAUUUGGUUCCCCCUCCAUCAUGUGUGGAGGUGACCGUCUUCUUCGGAAGCUUGGCUUGCCGCGCAGCCAUGUUCAGGCAAUUACGAUGCAUAGAGACAUUGUGCCUCGAGCCUUCUCUUGCAAUUAUCCUAAUCAUGUUGCAGAACUUCUGAAGGCUGUUAAUGCAAACUUCCGGAAUCAUCCCUGUCUCAAUAACCAGAAAUUACUGUACUCUCCAAUGGGGGAGCUUCUGAUUCUACAGCCAGAUGAGAAAUUCUCACCUCACCAUCAUCUUCUUCCAUCAGGCAGUGGUCUAUAUUUUUUAAAUUGUCCACUGUCUGGCACCAGUGAUGCAGAGAAGCAGCUCCGCUCUGCACAGAUUGUGUUCUUAAACUCUCCACAUCCACUUGAGAUCUUAAGAGACCGCUCUGCAUAUGGUUCUGAAGGAACCAUUCAAAGGGAUCAUGACAUGACUUCUUACUUCAAAUCUGUCAGGAAUGUGAUUCGCCGAGAGUUAAACCACAUCAGAAAAGCCAGGAGGCAGCAUCGCCGCAGAUUCUGGUUCUCCAUUUUGGCACCACAUGGCAAUGAUGCCAGCAUCCUUGUAGGGAGGCCCGUGGCAUCUAUGAUCAUGGGCCAAAACCAAUUUAACUUCUCUGGAGUCUUGCAGACUGGAAGAGAGUCCUUGAAACGUUUCAGGGAAAUUUCAAAUUCACGGACUGGAAUUGGGAAUCUGCAACAGCAUCCACGCGAUGACCACGUUAAGCACAUGGAAACUCACAAGCUUGAAUCGUGGGGAUCCCGGGACGGAGAACUCGAUGUAAAAGUCGAUGGUGGACCACUAGGGAAAGAUGCCAAAACUUUUGAGGGCGACAUUACAGUUGGUCAGGCCUAUUAUUAA